GACUCGAUAGCUCAAGCGGCCGUGUGGUGGCAGAAGGCAGCGUCAGCUGGCGUGGAGGGACUGACACAGAUCAACUAGUAAUCGCCGCCGUCCCCUCUGCCAUGGUCUGCUCGACGAAAAACCCUUCGACGGAGCUUCCUGCCCUCUGCAAGAAGAGAAACUUUGAAGCGUAAGCCACAAAUCAUGGUGCUGGACGCUACGACCCCGCUGGUAUAAGCGACACUGCGGAGGAGAAAGUAUCGACCUCACACAAACCACAAAGCAGAAGCAGCUGCUUCGCCGUAUUUCUUUUUUUUUCACGCUCGGAGGGAACGACGGCAUCCGGCCUGAGAAAAAGACGCUCCGAGGUCGGGGACUCCGGUCGGAGCAGCCUCCAUCGCUUCUGGCCUCCCCUUCCUGAGAGCUCCAUGGAGAAGAUGAAGCGGUUCAAGCGACGUCUCAGUCAGACGCUGCGAGGCAGCCACACCAUCGACGAGUCUCUGUCGGAGCUGGCUGAGCAGAUCACGAUAGACGAGAAGGACAGCGAGCCCAUAGUGAGGAACGGCCGUCCUUCUUCGGCCCACAGCGUCCACUCGUACCUUCACCAGUACACAGGCUCCUUUAAGAAGCCGCCAAUGAGACGGCCGCAGAGUGUCAUCGGAGGAGGGCUGGGUUUGGGCAUGCCUCGCAACGGCAGCCGCCUCGAUAUUGUCCAUGAGAACAUAAACAUGGGGUCAGACGGGGAGAGCGACCAGGCGUCGGGGACGUCCUCCGACGAGGUGCAGUCGCCCACGGGAGUCUGUCUGAGGAACAAAGGGAACAGACGCAUCUCUGCUGAGGACUUGAACAAACGUCUGUCCCUGCCUGCCGACAUCCGGAUACCCGACGGCUACCUGCAGAAGCUGCAGCUGAGCAGCCCGGCCUUCGAUCAGCCGCUGAGCCGACGCUCCCGCAGAGCAUCGCUGUCAGAAAUCGGGUUCGGGAAGCUGGAGACGUACAUCAAACUGGACAAACUGGGGGAGGGAACGUAUGCAACGGUUUUCAAGGGGAGGAGCAAGCUGACGGACAACCUGGUGGCGCUGAAGGAGAUCAGACUGGAGCACGAGGAAGGGGCCCCGUGUACGGCUAUCAGAGAAGUGUCUCUACUGAAGGACCUGAAACACGCCAACAUCGUCACAUUGCACGACAUCGUCCACACGGACAAGUCGCUCACCCUGGUCUUCGAAUACCUGGACAAAGACCUUAAGCAGUACAUGGACGACUGCGGGAACAUCCUGAGCAUGCAGAACGUUAAGAUUUUUCUGUACCAGAUCCUGAGAGGGUUGGCUUACUGUCACAGACGGAAAGUUCUCCACAGAGACCUGAAGCCCCAGAAUCUGCUCAUCAACGACAGAGGAGAGCUCAAACUGGCCGACUUCGGCCUGGCGAGGGCCAAGUCCGUGCCCACUAAGACGUACUCCAACGAGGUGGUGACGCUUUGGUAUCGGCCUCCGGACGUUCUGCUGGGCUCCUCAGAAUACUCCACGCAGAUAGACAUGUGGGGAGUGGGCUGCAUAUUCUACGAGAUGGCUGCCGGCAGGCCCCUGUUCCCCGGUUCCACGGUGGAGGACGAGCUGCAUCUCAUCUUCAGACUGUUAGGCACUCCUACAGAAGACAGCUGGCCUGGAAUAUCUUCCAUCGAUGAGUUCAGGUCCUACAAGUUCUCCAAGUACAAGCCACAGCCACUAAUCAAUCAUGCUCCCAGUCCUCAUACUGAAAGUGGGAACGAGCAAGUAUUUGUCGUGAUGCCCAGGUACAGCAGUAGAGCUCACCAAAAGCAGUUAAAUGGUAGACGUUUGUGUGGCUGGGUUUGUUUAGCUAGGAGUGUGUGUGCUUUGUCACUUCCUGUAAGGAAAUCCUGUGGAAUAGUUGACUGUUUGGCCGAGUUUCCUUCCUUACAGCCGCCAGCAUCUGUGAGUCACCCCACCUUACUGACCCCACUCCCCUCCUCUCUCCCAUCCCCGCUCUCCCCCUUUCCAUGCAGGCUGGAUAACGAUGGAAUCGAACUGCUGUCUUCAUUCCUAAAAUACGAGUCCAAAAAGAGGAUCUCUGCCGAUGAAGCAAUGAGGCAGCCGUACUUCAGGACCCUGGGGCCGCGCGUGCACACGCUGCCAGAGAACAUGUCCAUAUUCACACUGAAGGAGGUGCAGCUGCAGCGAGACCCCGGCUACCGGAGCUCCUCGCAUGCAGAAUCAGGCAAUGGGAAGAACAGAAGACAAAGCAUGCUGUUUUAAAAACUCUGGACCAGACUGUUGUUUUACUUUUUUUUGUUUUUUGAUGAGAAGGACCUCCUUGCAGACAGAUCAGUUCAAGAUGGAUGGAGGGAUGGGGAGGAGUCGUACUGUGGACAGGUAGCUUUCCCCAGUAUUUUGAGGGGGAGGAAGGAAGAGGAGUGAUGAAGAUGAUUUAAACACAUUCAUCCAUCCAUCCAUCCAUCCUUCUCCCGGGUUUAGCCAAACCUGACUCCAUUAAGAGACGUUUAUUUACUGUACAUUUAUAUUUAUUGAAUUUGCUGCUAAGUCAAACUACUGUUUAGAAUUUAACUGGCUCAGUCACUUUAAUGAAUACAUGCCAUUUGUAUAGAUUUUUAACUUUUUUUGUUUUUCUUUUUUGGGCUUUGAAGUGAUAUAUUUUUGAAUUUUAUUUUAUUUUUUUAGUUUUCUUUUUUUUUUUUUGCUCACUGUUAACAUGUUCACUCCACCUUGAAAGCUCCUUGUUGCGCUGUUUGCAGACGUAGCAAUGUUUCUGUAGCAACUCAGAGGAAGGUCAAAUGUUCUGUCUGUUAUAAACGGUGCUGCAUAAAUCAUCUGUGACCACUUGCUCUGAAGGCUUUCAAAGCCAGGUUUCAUAUGAUAAGUGAUGGCUUUCGUCCCGACUGGAAGAUGAUAUCCGAGCUGCAAAGCGCAGGUUGCAUCCUGGGAGGCUCUCAGUAAUGACCAAUGAGACAAAAGUAGGGAUAGAGGAAAUGCUAACAGGGGCAUUACUGGAAGAAUCCUCGUUGAAACACCUCAAUGUUCUACUUUAUUCUGGGGGACGUAAUUUUUGUUUUCUUUCUCGGCUCCAUCUAUAUGUUGCAUGCCACAGCUAGUGAACUCCUGAAACAGGAAGAUGCUAUCUCUAGUUCUGCCUCCCCCUCAGUCUCAUCGUUCGUCUGCCAGUGUUACAACAGAUGUUUUGUAUAAUAUUCUUUAACUUUAUUUGUGAAUAAUGAAUAACCGUGUGGGAUUUUGUUGGAGAUGACUCCCAUUUUUGAGGGUUUUUUUCAGAGUAAAACAAAUUAAAUUUAAAGUUUAAACAAA